AUGAGUUCCAAGGUCUUUGCCGACACCGCCGUCCACAUUGCCGCUAAAGAGACGUUCUUCCAAACGUACCAGGAAGUCCGCAAAGUCCAGGGCCUGAACUCUCUGGAGCAGCUCUGGGCCGCGUACUACACAUAUCUGGGAAACGACAUCUUUGCCACCGGACUACUGUUUUUCUGUUUGCACGAGCUGAUGUACUUUGGCCGCUCGCUGCCCUGGUUCAUAAUAGACCGCAUCCCGUACUUCAGAAAGUACAAGAUCCAGGACGCCAAGCUGCCUUCCAACAGAGAGCAAUGGGAGUGCCUCAAGUCUGUUCUAAUUUCGCAUUUCAUGGUCGAGGCGUUUCCUAUCUGGUUUUUCCAUCCGGUGUGUGAAAAGAUCGGAAUCAGCUACGAGGUGCCAUUCCCUUCGCUCAAGACCAUAGCUUUGCAGGUGUCCAUUUUCUUUUUGCUCGAGGACGCUUGGCAUUAUUGGUUCCACAGAGGACUGCACUACGGCUCGUUCUACAAGUACAUCCACAAGCAGCACCACCGGUACGCUGCUCCUUUCGGUCUUGCCGCAGAGUAUGCCCACCCGAUCGAGGUGAUGCUGCUUGGGUUUGGCACCGUGGGCAUCCCGAUCGUGUGGUGCUACUUCACCAGAAACCUCCACUUGUUCACGAUCUGUAUCUGGAUCACGCUCAGACUGUACCAGGCUGUGGACGCCCACUCCGGAUACGAGUUCCCUUGGUCGCUGCACCACUUCCUGCCGAUCUGGGCUGGGGCAGACCACCAUGACGAGCACCACCACCACUUCAUUGGCAACUACGCCUCGUCGUUCCGGAUGUGGGACUUUUUCUUGGAUACCGAGGCCGGCAACACGGCCAAGCUGAACCGCGAGAGAAAGGCCAAGCUGAAGGGCGAGAAGAAGGCCAAGCUGAAGGAGUGA